AUGGCCGUUGCUCUGGACAACGCCAACCCCACGAUCCUCAGCGCCUCACAGCUGCCGACGCGCCAAAACGAGUCGGCAGCUCGAAGAGGGCCCGACACAAAAUACGACCAUGACAUUUUAUCGCGCCCAAGAUGCCUGUCGCGUCCCUUUUGCGACCUCGAUGUGCCGUGGCCCCACGGCGACCUCGGAGAGGCCAAAUGGAAGGCGGAACCGAUAGACGAGCAGGAGAUAUACGAUCUAAUCCACAGCAUAUCGGAUCCCGAGCAUCCCGUGUCCCUCGGCCUGUUGUCUGUCAUCAACCUCCCCGACAUCCACAUCACCCCCUCGCCCGCUCUUGGUGUCCCGGACCAGAGCACCAUCGUCAACGUCCUUGUGGAGCUCACCCCGACGGUCACCCACUGCUCGCUGGCCACCGUGCUCGGCCUCGGCGUGCGAGUUCGGCUCGAGCAAGUGCUGCCGCCCAACUACCGCGUCGAUGUCCGCUGCAAGGAAAAUAGCCACAGCCAAGAUGACCAGGUGAACAAGCAGCUCGCCGACAAGGAGCGGGUGGCGGCGGCGCUCGAGAACGAUACGUUGCGGGGAGUCAUUGACAAGAUGCUGGAGACGUGUGCCUGA